CAGGUCACUGUGGAGCGGAUCUGUGCCCGGCCACAUCUGCCCGCAUCUGGAUUGUCAGAAGCCAUGCGAGCCGCUCUGCGCAUGUCCCUCAAGUGCGCGUUCCCGUCUUCUGUCUCCCGAACGCGGAAGUCGGUGACGCAAACGGUCAGAUGGACAGCGCAACAUAAAAGCCUUGCUGUUCAACCUGGGAGGGGAGAAAAAAAAAAAAAAAAAAAAACAGGGAAAAAAAAAAAAGGCAAGCAGCACUAGGUAGAUCAGUGCCGUGGUCCAGCAUGCCAGUGGCACAAGGACCCGUCUGUGCUGUGUGAACGCCUUCUGUCGGUUGGGAUGAACAUGCCACUGCACCAGGUCUCUGUCAUCCCCCGUGAUGUCACUUCGUCUAGGCUAUCGGGGAGCGGCAAGACCAAAGAGCGGGACCGACAGAACGACAAGCCCCUGGGCCGUUCGGCAAGCCGUUCCAGUAACAUUUCCAAGGCAGGAAGUCCCACCUCCAUGAACGUGCCCUGCAGCUUCACAAGGACAUCUGUUACGCCUUCCAACCAGGACAUCUGCAGUUCACAUGUGACGAGUGUGUAUGCUGCCCCCGCGCAGCCCAUGCAGACCACGGUGGUGCUCCUAGGCCCCAGUGCCAGGAGCUCGGGUGGAACGGGGCUCCCGGUGGCAACCCUGUGCCCAGGCCCUGCCCCUAAGGCCAAGGCCAGGAGUCCUUUCAGCCAAGAGUGGCUAUCCCUGCUGAAGGUGAACAGUCCGUUCAGGUUUUCCAGGUCGCUCAAUGAUAUGGGGUCCCGGCUCGAUGGCCUCUCUAGCGGCCUGCGCUUCAUUGACAGGACGUGCUCAGAGGGUGAGCUGGCCCCUGAGCCUCAGCCCUGGACACCCCUAGCCCAACCCUUCCACGGCGGCGCUCCGUCCCUCACAACAAACUUCAAGCUGAUAGGUGGAGUGCCAGGCCAGGCUCUUGAAGGCCUCUUUCUCCAGCCAGACCUGCAGAGGAGACCACAUGUUAUGCAGCUCUUCCCCCCUUUCCCAAACUCCUCCACCACGAGCAACCUGGGCAGCUAUGCCUCUCGCCUACAUGUGGCCCGGUCCUCCAGCUCCCUCUUAGGGGGCAACGACUCCAGCUGCGUCGACUCACCCGGCGAUGAUGAAGUGUUUGAGGAAGAGCCUGCGUGGCAGCACAAAGCUCCCCUCUGCUCCCUGGAGGAGGACAGCGAUCUGGACCGCUGCUCCUCCCCCUUGUCUGAGAAAACCGCCCCGCUCUCACCCUAUUCGCUCUCGGGUGAUUCUUGCAGGAUCUGCCACUGCGAGGGGGACGAGGAUAGCCCACUGAUCACCCCGUGUCACUGUACGGGCAGCUUGCGCUUUGUCCAUCAGUCCUGCCUGCAGCAAUGGAUCAAGAGCUCCGACACACGCUGUUGCGAACUCUGCAAGUUCCAGUUCAUCAUGGAGACCAAGCUGAAGCCACUGCGCAAGUGGGAAAAGCUCCAGAUGACGCCCAGCGAGAGGCGGAAGAUCAUGUGCUCCGUCACCUUUCACGUCAUCGCCAUCACCUGCGUGGUGUGGUCCCUGUAUGUGCUCAUUGACCGCACCGCCGAGGAACUCAAACAAGCCGGAAGAAUACCAGGUAUACUGGAGUGGCCGUUCUGGACCAAGCUGGUGGUGGUGGCCAUCGGUUUCACGGGUGGACUAGUGUUCAUGUACGUACAAUGCAAGGUGUACAUCCAGCUGUGGCGGAGGCUCAAGGCCUACAACAGAGUCAUAUAUGUGCAGAACCGCCCAGAGACGUGUAAACACAUAAUUUUCGAGAAACCGGUUCUCAUGGAGCCAAACUGCGAGAACAAGGAAGCCCUGGCACCUAUGCAGUCGGACACAAACUCUUCGCAGUACGCCGAAACGGAGGACUACGGCAUGGAAAUCCUUCACGUAUGACCCACCGGGUAUGACGCCCCCUGCAGGUGCGAUGCAGCUGCAGCCACUGCCACUAGGGCUCUGCAGUGUUUGCGUUGGUCUCAUUCCUGUGCGCUGUGGACUACUUGGUAUGAGCCCCUCGACACGGACCGCGAGCAUUCUUACUACUGCCGUUUACUGCUGUUGUACCACACCUGGUAAGUGAGUUAAGGUUACUUAUGCGAGGUCUGAUGUCCAUACCAUGUAUUCAAGCACUUUUUCUUUCCACUACAACAGCUCUCCUCUUUUACUAUGAAUAAAUUGCUUUAUAAUGUGUGUAUUAUACAGAGAAACUUGAAGUUAAAUGUUCCUUUUUAUAUGAUUUUGUAUGCCCAAAUUCAUACAUUGUGUGGAGCAAAAAAAGGUGAAGUUGAAAAGAUUUCCUGUGGGGUUUUUUUUUUUUUUUUUCUUUUUUGAGACUUCAGCGCAAAUGGUCCGAUUGUUUGGUUCCGUGGCCAGUUUUGUUGCUGUGGUUAAUGAUACCAGUGACGCCCUGCCUUUUUCGGUCAUUCAAGUCAAAGUAAACCAUACUUGGUUUUCCCCCAGGUGAACCCAUCAGAACUGAGAGAAUGUCAGCUUUUUACAUACACUUUUCUACAAAUGAUGAGAAUUUUCUUGCCAAAUCUGUCAAAAUGAUGCAACAUUUCACGAGGACUGGCUUUUUUUUUUUUUUUUUUUUUGCAGCACUGUUUUUAACCUUGUUAAAAUGUUUUGUUUUUUUUUUUUUUCCUUCCUGAUCGUGUGCAGACCAUUUGAUAAAAUUGUUCCUCAUGCUUCAUUAACCCUUCCUGAGUCCACCUGGUGUUACGACCGUGUUUUCCUGAAUGGUUUAUCUGUUCGUCCGUCUCCCGUUUUGUCUUUUCUCUUCAAUGUUCCUCAGUGUUCUUUGAUGCGCCUCUUUUCAUUGGCUUCCGACAGCAUUGUCUCACUCAGCCAAUCACGCAGCGUUUUGUGUCAUAUUAAUUUUCGAAGGAGUGACCCAAAAGCAUCAUGCGGUUUUUGGUCAGUAAAAUUCCUUUUCCCUGAUUGGGGGCACAAGUAUAACUAUAGCUGCUUGAUGGAACUAGAAGGUGGUGAAUUCAGCCCACUGGCAUCUGCUGGGUGGAGAAAAUUAACAGUGGGUAAAAUAUGGCUCUUUCCAUCAGUUACAUUUUGUACAUUUUCAGCAUUUCCAAGUUCCUUUCAUGCCACACUGUUUGUCACUUUUAAAAACAUAGACAGCGUAACCAACAGCGAUAAAUGUCUGUUCCUGGAAGCCCCACUGCCCAUGACGUCACAGAGCAGUGCUGCCACCUGCUGGAGGGAAUGUCACUUUGGCAGAGGCCUCAUAAAUGUAUCAUAAACAUGUUAUAAUCCCCAAAGCAGGUGCAAAUGGCUGUUUUGAAGUGCAAUUAUCCUUUGUUAAAAAGAUGAUUUAUCCAUUUCCUGUUGAUGUUGUUUAUAGGGUGGAUUGGUUCCGUUUAUUCUGUUUGUAUAUGUAGACAAAAGACGAAAACAGACUUUUGUUUCUUACCGUUUUAAGUGUGGUUUCUGUAUAGCAACAAUAGUAAAUGUUAAGUUGCAGGUGCGAAACUGAGAUGACUACCGAUCUUCCCCCAGCUCAGUCCCCAUCCUCCCCUUUCCGGUAAAGAUGCCUCGCCCGUAAACCUGACUGCGCCACACACACUUCUGGCUCUCCGGACAGUUCCCCUGCCCCACACAGCCAGUUUUGUACCCUGAUCAGUUUCACUAGUGUGUGCUGUGAACUUUUUAAAGUUAAAGUGUAAAGUUUGGGUAGUACGUUUUUGUUACAGUUGAGAGACCAUUGCGAAGCGGUGGCAUGGAAAGUUCCGGAGAGCAUCAUCGACUCCAGACGACUGAGGAUGAGAAAAUACUGACAAUGACAGACUGAACGCUUUCUGUCCAAAUGAUUGCUCCUUAUUUAAAUAUAUCCUCCCCUGGUCUGGUUUGUUCUCUUGGAACUCGUAGUAAUAUUAAACCUUCUUUGACAGUGAAAGCCCUGUAAGCGGCUCUAUCGUUUUGAACCUGGUCCGAAAGUUCACAAUUCGCAAAGCUUUUCCCAUCAAGUGUAGAACAAAAAAAAAAAAAAA